GAACUCUAUGAUCUCACAGCGACUUCCGCUUCCGCCCCCAGCUGAAAGUAAAGAAGGCUCCAGCGGGCUCGGUUGGAGAGGAGUUUCCCGCGGGCGACAGAGAUGACCGCCUUUCUGGCUCUCCCGCGCGCCUGGAUGACGUCACACGGCGAGGCUUUCUGAAGUCAGAGUUUCCUGUCCACCAUCUUUGUCCCUGGCAAAGUGGGUUUUGCGCAGUGGCUUAGACCUGGAGAAGGAGUCGUGACGUGCAGGAAACCAUUACAACAACGCUCGGGCCGUGCUCUGUGGCUGCUGCUGCCACCCCUGCCCUUGCCUCCGGUGCACAUUAAAGAUCCACAACCAUGACUGACUCCAAGUACUUCACAACCAAUAAAAAAGGAGAAAUCUUUGAAUUAAAGGCUGAACUCAACAAUGAAAAGAAAGAAAAGAGGAAAGAGGCUGUGAAGAAAGUGAUUGCUGCUAUGACUGUGGGGAAAGAUGUGAGCUCUCUCUUUCCAGAUGUAGUGAAUUGUAUGCAGACUGACAACCUGGAACUAAAGAAGCUCGUGUAUCUCUACUUGAUGAACUAUGCCAAGAGUCAGCCAGACAUGGCCAUCAUGGCUGUCAACAGCUUUGUGAAGGACUGUGAAGAUCCCAAUCCUCUGAUUCGGGCCUUGGCAGUCAGAACCAUGGGGUGCAUCCGGGUGGACAAGAUUACAGAAUAUCUCUGUGAGCCCCUCCGCAAGUGCUUAAAGGAUGAAGAUCCCUAUGUUCGGAAGACAGCAGCAGUCUGUGUGGCAAAACUCCAUGACAUCAAUGCCCAAAUGGUGGAAGAUCAGGGAUUUCUGGACUCUCUGCGGGAUCUCAUAGCAGAUUCAAAUCCAAUGGUGGUGGCUAAUGCUGUAGCAGCAUUAUCUGAAAUCAGUGAAUCUCACCCAAACAGCAACUUACUCGAUCUGAAUCCACAGAACAUUAAUAAGCUACUGACAGCCCUGAAUGAGUGCACCGAAUGGGGCCAGAUUUUCAUCCUGGACUGCCUGUCUAAUUACAACCCUAAAGAUGACCGGGAGGCUCAGAGUAUCUGUGAGCGGGUAACUCCUCGGCUAUCUCAUGCCAACUCAGCAGUGGUGCUUUCAGCAGUAAAAGUCCUAAUGAAAUUUCUAGAGUUGUUACCCAAGGACUCUGACUACUACAAUAUGCUGCUGAAGAAGUUGGCCCCUCCACUUGUCACUUUGCUGUCUGGGGAGCCAGAGGUGCAGUACGUCGCCCUGAGGAACAUCAACUUAAUCGUCCAGAAAAGGCCUGAAAUCUUGAAGCAGGAGAUCAAAGUUUUCUUUGUGAAGUACAACGAUCCCAUCUAUGUGAAACUAGAGAAAUUGGACAUCAUGAUUCGUUUGGCAUCCCAAGCCAACAUUGCUCAGGUUCUGGCAGAACUGAAGGAAUAUGCCACAGAGGUGGAUGUCGACUUUGUGCGCAAAGCUGUGCGGGCCAUUGGACGGUGUGCCAUCAAGGUGGAGCAAUCUGCAGAGCGCUGUGUAAGCACAUUGCUUGAUCUCAUCCAAACCAAAGUAAAUUAUGUGGUCCAAGAGGCGAUUGUUGUCAUCAGGGAUAUCUUCCGCAAAUACCCCAACAAAUAUGAAAGUAUCAUUGCCACUUUGUGUGAGAACUUAGACUCACUGGAUGAACCAGACGCUCGAGCAGCUAUGAUUUGGAUUGUGGGAGAAUAUGCUGAAAGAAUUGACAAUGCAGAUGAGUUACUAGAGAGCUUCCUGGAAGGUUUUCAUGAUGAAAGCACCCAGGUACAGCUCACUCUGCUUACUGCCAUAGUGAAGCUGUUUCUCAAGAAACCAUCAGAAACGCAGGAGCUGGUACAGCAGGUCUUGAGUUUGGCAACACAGGAUUCUGAUAAUCCUGACCUUCGAGACCGGGGCUAUAUUUAUUGGCGCCUUCUCUCAACUGAUCCUGUCACAGCCAAAGAAGUAGUCUUGUCCGAGAAGCCACUGAUCUCUGAGGAGACAGAUCUUAUUGAGCCAACUCUGUUGGAUGAGCUCAUCUGCCACAUUGGUUCUUUGGCCUCAGUGUACCAUAAGCCGCCCAAUGCUUUUGUGGAAGGAAGUCAUGGAAUCCAUCGCAAACACUUGCCAGUACAUCAUGGGAGCACUGAUGCGGGUGACAGCCCUGUUGGCACCACCACUGCCACCAACCUGGAACAGCCUCAGGUUAUCCCCUCUCAAGGUGACCUUCUGGGGGAUCUUUUAAACCUUGACCUUGGUCCCCCAGUCAAUGUGCCACAGGUAUCCUCCAUGCAGAUGGGAGCAGUGGAUCUCUUGGGAGGAGGACUAGAUAGUCUGCUUGGCAGUGACCUUGGCGGGGGCAUUGGAGGAAGUCCGGCAGUGGGACAGUCCUUCAUCCCAUCAUCAGUGCCUGCAACCUUUGCUCCUUCACCUACUCCUGCUGUGGUCAGCAGUGGUCUGAAUGACCUAUUUGAACUCUCCACGGGGAUAGGCAUGGCACCUGGUGGAUAUGUGGCUCCUAAGGCUGUCUGGCUGCCUGCAGUAAAGGCUAAGGGCCUGGAGAUUUCGGGAACAUUUACUCACCGCCAAGGGCACAUCUAUAUGGAAAUGAACUUCACCAACAAAGCUUUGCAGCACAUGACAGACUUUGCAAUUCAGUUUAACAAGAAUAGCUUUGGUGUCAUCCCCAGCACUCCUCUGGCCAUCCAUACACCACUGAUGCCAAACCAGAGCAUUGAUGUCUCCCUGCCUCUCAACACCUUGGGCCCAGUCAUGAAGAUGGAGCCUCUGAACAACCUGCAGGUGGCUGUGAAAAACAAUAUUGAUGUCUUCUACUUCAGCUGCCUCAUCCCACUCAACGUGCUUUUUGUAGAAGAUGGCAAAAUGGAGCGCCAGGUCUUCCUUGCAACGUGGAAGGAUAUUCCCAAUGAAAAUGAACUUCAGUUUCAGAUUAAGGAAUGUCAUUUAAAUGCUGACACUGUUUCCAGCAAGUUGCAAAACAACAAUGUUUAUACUAUUGCCAAGAGGAAUGUGGAAGGGCAGGACAUGCUGUACCAAUCCCUGAAGCUCACUAAUGGCAUUUGGAUUUUGGCUGAGCUACGUAUCCAGCCAGGAAACCCCAAUUACACGCUGUCGCUGAAGUGUAGAGCUCCUGAAGUCUCCCAGUACAUCUAUCAGGUCUACGACAGCAUUUUGAAAAACUAAUAGACUGGUCCGGUGCCCUCUGGCCACCCUGUGAUCGGUGCAAGCCAAGAACUCUUAACUGGAAGAAAAUUGUAUUGCCGUGUAGAAUCUGAACCCAAACACACUGAGGCCACCCACCAAGGUAGUGACUAGUCUAACCUGUGCUAACAUUAGGGCACAACCUGUUGGAUAGUUUUAGCUUCCUGUGACCAUUUGUAACCACUGCUUCAAUCACUUCCCACCUCGUGCCACCUGCUGCUAUCUGUCCUUACUUGUGGGCCUCUCCAUCCUGUACCAGUGGCUGGCAUUUUUGAGUGUAGUUUGAUAUUUUGUGAUCGAGAGCCCGUUUCAAAAGCAGAAAAAGACAAAAAAAAAUUAAAGCAAGGAAAAGUGUCACUGAAACGUAAA